CAAUCGCAGGCACAUUCACAAUGCAGUCGACCAAUCACGAGCGUAAGCUCGUAGAAAGAUCACGUAAUCGAAUGCAUAGUUUAUAUGCACGUGCGUGAAAAUAUCACACGGUGAAAUUUUGGAUUUUUGUAAAAUUAAGUUGCUCUGCGAUUUUUUUCAAGAUAAAUUUGAUUAAAAAUCAUUUUUUGCACAUUAAGAGAUAUCAAUUCAAAGAUGAAGCGACCAGCAAAGAAUUUAGAUAUUGGCGAUUUAAAUACAGAGAAUGAUGUAGAAACAACAAAUAAUAAAAAGAAGAAAGUGAAAUUCGAGAAACCUAUAGGUAAUAAUAUAAAGACACCCUUUACAAAAAAAAACUCAAAGGGAACAAAUUUACAAGUGGCAAACCGUAGAGCAACAGCUGAGAAAAUAGAUUUGCUUAAAUCAAAGAAAAAAAAAGUGUUUGGAGAGAAACCUAAAGUCGAGAAAGAAGAAAACUCAAAAGGAAAUAAUUUGCAACUGGCUAAGAAUGAUGCAACAACCGAAAAAACAGAUUGGCUCAAAUUGAAAAAGGAAAGAAAGGAGCUCAGACAGAAACGCAGAGCUAAGAAAUUGAAUAAUGACACGGUAUACGAUAAAAUUGUUCAGGCUAAACAGAUCAGCGAGAAAUUACGUAGAUCGGAUUGCACGUCGCAGGAUCGAAUAAAAUUAACUCGGACAUUACAUAAAAUGUUAGAGAAGGACUAUAGCAAAGUGAUAUUUACACAUGAUAUGUCGAGAGUUAUUCAAUACCUGAUCAAGCACUGCGAAGCAGAUGUUCGAAAAGCUAUAUUUCAUGAAAUAAAGCCAUUCGCUGUGCAGAUGUUAGAAUCAAAAUACGCGAAAAACUGCAUAAAAAAUAUUUUAAAACAUGGCUCGCGAGACAUCAAGAAUGAUGUUAUCAAUGCGUUUUAUGGUAAUAUCGUCAAAUUUAUGAGUCACACUGUAUCGGCUCCUCUCAUCGAACUCGCGUAUUCUACUUGGUGCAUGGACCUCGAUAAAAUAUAUUUCAAGCAAGAAUUUUACGGGGACAUAUAUAAACAGGCGAAAGAUAAAUCGGUUAAAUCACUGUCGGAUGUAUUCGAAAAUGCGGAAGGUAUGAAAUCGGCUACAUUAUCUGCCGUGAAAGCGAAUCUGGUUAGGAUUUUAAAUAAAAGUCUCGUUAAUUCCACUCUACUGCAUACAAUUUUAUGGGAAUUCUUCUGUGUGUGUUCGAUGGAAGACAAGAAUGAAUUGAUAGUUAUGCUGCGAGAUUUUAUCGUAACGCUAUCACAAACAAAAAUGGGAGCGAGAGUCGCCGCACAAUGCAUAUGGCAUGGCAAUAAUAAAGACAGAAAAGUUAUUAUGAAGGCCUUCAAGGGGAAUGUAAAGACGAUUUGUAUGUCCGAACAUGGUUACAUGAUAUUAUUAGCGCUUUUCGAUUCUAUAGAUGAUACAGUUAUAAUGAAGAAGAUAAUAUUGGCCGAAUUGCAAGAAGAUCUAACGGAUAUUGCACUAAACGAGUAUGGGAGGAAGGUAAUAUUGUAUCUCGUGGCUAGAAGGGACUCUCAUUAUUUUCCGCCAAGUGUCGUGGAAUAUUUAUGUCAAGGCGACAAUAAUUCGAUAAGUAAGAAACCAGCCGACAUUAGGGAAAAGGAACUUCUCGAAGCGAUUCGCGAUCCACUUCUUGACGCUGUAACCGCGGAUGUAGCAACGUGGUUGUCCAAUAGCGCUAUAGCUAUGGUUACUUUAGCGAUAUUAAAAGCAGGAUCUGGGGAAAAACUCAAAUCUGCAUUCGAAUCAAUUGCCAAGUUUAUCAGCGAUGAAAAUACGAAGAUCAAGGAAAACGAUACUGAAUGCAAAUUGAUUGAACAUCCCGGGUUGCAUAUGAUGUUGAAGAAACUUAUUCAAAAUGACAAGGAGCUGUUGAAAAAGAAUGAAUAUAUAUUUGGUAGCGCAUUGCUAUCACAUUUAACAUUAGAAGUACUCAAAAAAUGGAUAGAAUGUAACAGAAGUUGCUUUUUAAUAAUCUUACUCAUAGAGAAUGAAUCUACAAAUUAUGCAUCUAUAUUGCUAAGCAAAUUAAAACAGAUACAGGAAGAUCUCAAAUUGAAAAAGAGUCCUGGAAAAUCAAUAAUAUUAAAAAAAUUAGAAGAAGAAAGAAAUUAUUCAUCGCUUCAUAAUGAAAUAAAAAAAAACUGAAAGUAUAAUAUGAAUUAUUAUUAUAAUAUAUGAUCCAUAGACAUACAAAUGGACUGAAAAUAUGCUAUAUUUUUUUUAUAUUAUAUACAUUGGAUAUAUUCGAAAACAGAGAGAAAAAGUGCAAUUGGCUAUCUUCAAAUUAAUUAUAUUGCUUUGUCUCUGCUUUGAAAUAGUCUAUCUUUAUAUCUAUGGUCAUCAUAUUAUGUAUAUAUAUUGCAUAAUAUUUUAUAUAUAUGUACACAUAGCAUAUUAUGUGUGUUCACAAUGUACAAUUAAGUUUUUUAAAACUUAAUUUUACAUUUUCAAUUUUAUAAUAGUGUAUGUGUAAGAAUAAAUAAAAUAAACUCUUAAUUUUUUUAUAA